UUUGCUGACCUGACUGAUUCAGCUAAGCGCAAUGCUGAGGCCAUGAGACAGGCUAAGCAAGAGACCAAUGACCUGAGGAGACAAAUUCAAGCACAGAACUGCGAUAUCGAUUCUCUCAAGAGCACUAAUGAGGCUUUGCUGAGGCAGAUGCGAGAAAUGGAAGAGCAGUUUGCUGCAGAGGCCGGAAACGAUCAACAUUCUGUGUCCCGUCUGGAAGAUGAGAUACGGCACCUGAAGGAGGAGAUGUCACACCACCUGCGGGAAUACCAGGAUCUGCUCAACGUUAAGAUGGCCCUAGAUAUUGAGAUUGCCACCUACAGGAAGCUUCUGGAGGGAGAGGAAAACCGAAUUGUGGUUCCUAUCAUGAAAAUGCCU